CUUAUGUUUCUUUUUCAUGGUUUUAAAGGCUCAGAAAUAUUGUCUGUUUUAGCUGUGUCUAAACAAAGGCAAACCAGACAUGUCGACAUAGUACAUAUAUCGCUUGCAUCAUCACAAAUUAAUAAACGGAAGCUUCAUGUUUACUCGGAAGUUGAGUUUGUUUUUUGUUAUUCUAUGCUGUCAAUAAAGUGCAGCGAAGAAUAAUAAAUCUGAACACAAUGAAAAGGAUGAACAGCGUAAACUUCAACUUAGUCAUGCUAGUUUAGAAAAUAAAAGGAUGUGCAAAGAAUUACCUUUGCAAUUUGUAAACAAUCACCAAAACAGGCGUUAGGUAGGUUCACAGUCAAACCAUUAACGAGCAGCUUCUAUAAGCAUAACCUCCAAAAACACUAAGCUUGUCUUCAUUUCUAAGAGCUGAAUCUGCCACUACUUGUGAUAGUCUAUGGGGUAAACAUUUAGCCUGCAUAUGAUAGUCUUUUCAUUGAGCAACUUACAGCAGAUUCUCAUGUUUCCACAAACUUAUAUGGUAGUGUAUUAUUGGCCUUGUUUUAUUUAACUUUAAGUUGUAGUUUUGAGUUUCUUUCUUAAUGUGAUCAUCAGUCCUAUUUAUUUUUCAUACAACAAACCUAUUUACAGUAAUUUUCAUUAUGUUUUUGAUUUUAUGAGUUUGAGUUUAUUACAUAUAAAAGACUUUUCUGAUGUAUAAUUUAAGACCUAUCAAGAGGUAAAUAAUUUGUUUAUGAUAUAGCAGAUAAAAUAUUAUAAAAAAAAACAAAAAUUAUAGAGACAAUACACAAUUGGCUGGUAAAAACUAUUAGCAAGGUAGCCCUCCAUUAGAUUGCUCAGAAUGAUUUUCUUUUGAAAGGUUGAAUUUUCUUAUCCCUUUCAGUAAAGAUUUAAAGAUUGAUAUACAUUAAAGAUCAUAACAAACAGAAAGUCCAAAUCAUCAAUGAGCCAAUUAAAUUAAAUGCAAGCCCUUUUUACAUUUUCCUUUUUGUCUCAGUAUAUAUAACUUUGAAUAACAUUAUGAAAAAAGUCCAUUCUGAUUAUACACAUCUAUUGCUAGAUUUUCUUUGUAAUAUUUACUUUUGAAAAAUGGGCUGUUAAGAGACACAUGCAUUUGUUAAUGGUGGCAAUAUGACACAUGAUUUUGUAGGGAAUUGUAUUUGUUAAAUGUGAAUUCAUUUUCAUGAUACUAUAGUAAUGAUGAUAGGAAACUUAUUAAUCUUUUGUUCAAAAGAAUGUAUCACCUGGUAAUACCUAUUUCUAUGGUGGGUGGCUUCUUGGAAUCAAUGUCUGAAUACUGCUUUGUUACAAGUUUUAUACAUGAAUCAAAGAACUGUUUCAUGUUUGCUUAUGUGUCAUGGGUUGUUUAUAUUGCUGCAUUUUUCUGGGGUUUGUUUUUAUUGUUUUGUUCAGGACCUGCAUUUUGCUGACAAUAUCUUUGAUGGAUUUUUCUCCUCCUUUCAAUUCCUUGACUGAAUUUUUUUCCUUUCAUAAGCUACCUUAAACCCUGUCUAUAAGAACAUGCUAUGAUUUUUCCAAAGGGAAUGAAAUGAAAGAGUUAUGAAUGAAAUUUAGUUUGUUCUUUCGAUAUAACAACCUAGUUAGGACAAUAAUAGUAUUACUCUGAAAAUAGAUGAAAAGAAACUUCUUUGAUGCAACUCAGUGAAGCUUGAAGCGCAAUAAUUUUUUUUUCUGAGACAAGUUUAUUUAGCCAUUGUUGUUAAAAAAUAAUUCAGUGAGGAAUGCCAUAUAUCUUCAAAAAAGCCAAUUGAUAUGCUUAUUGUUUUUUAUGCUUUCUGGUAUGUUAUUUGAUUCAGUUUGUUUGUAGGUGAAAUUGUAUUAACAUCAAUUAGCAUUUUCAGCUGGUUUUUUGUUUGGAUAGUAUUUGGAUUUUGUUGAUAUUCCCAGUAUCUUAGAGACAUAACAAUCUUUUGGAUAGUAUUGGAUAUUGUUGAUAUUCCCAGUAUCUUAGAGACAUAACAAUCUGGACAGGGCUCUCUAUAUUUCAUAAAUAUUUAUGGUGAACUGAUAUGUAUAAUAGAAUUAUGGCAGAGCAGAGGCAUAGAGUGGCCUUAGUCACACGUUUGAGUCCUGCCCUGGUUGAUAAAAUUGCUCACAUUUUCUCCCGUAUUAUGUUUUUCAAUCCUGCUCUGCCCCAGCUGUCUAGAUCCUUGUUUUAAAAACAGUGUAUUCCCUUCAAUGUGUAAAAUAUGCUAAAUUAAUUACAUUUAAUUUUGUAUCAAUGAAUUGGCAAAUGUGUGCAGCUAACACGAGAAUUCCUAAUAUUCUGAUGAAAUGUAAUGUUUUAUUAACUUGCAAGAUAGUGUUUCAGAAAGCUGUCUGAUGAUUGCAUUAAGUGAGAAAUUUGGAUAAAAAACCCUAAAUUAGUUCCUGGAUAAAAACCCUUUCUCAUUCUUGGUCCAUUUGUUAAGCCAAGAGACGUGAAUCAGAGAAAUACAGCAUUACAACCUUAGGAUUUUUUAUAGAUUUAUACUGAUUUAAAGACAUUGAGUCAUGGUAAAUAGGCCUUUUCUAAUAGGGGGUCAUUUGGUUUCAGUGUGAUCACUGCUGUUUUAUGGGAUAUUUGCAUCUGUUGUUGACAACUUGCUAUUGAUGAAAAUUGCUUUGUCAAUCAGUACGAGGUGAGUUCGUGUGACCAGUUCCAGGUCAACCAAUAGAAUCGCAGUCAUGAAAACCAUGACUCAGCUGAUUUUGGCACUAAGGGUAUACCCAAUCCAUUUUAUCAUGAAUCAAUACCUUUAAUUCCUCUAUGCUCAGCUGAAUACUCAUCUGAAGGGUACAUCAUAUCUUGAUUUUGAGUUCUUAUUGUUUUAAUUAAGAUAAUUUCUAACCCGAAAAGACUUUAAAGCUUCAAAUAAAAACAGUGUGCCACAGCAACAUUAAAAUUUUCAGGAAUUGAGUAAGGCAAAACCAAUGUAGACACCUAUUGAUAAGGAACCUUUCAUAAAUUUUUAAGCCUCCUAUUUCUAAAAAGACCAUGCUUCUAUCAUAAAAAAGAUACGAUAAUGUUUUUGCUGGCUGACUUAAUUGCCUCACUACUUCUAGAUUUCAUAUUAUUCUUCAAGGGCAUUUUGAAUUUAUGUUUCCUUAGGCAACUGUCACGAAUGAAUAGCUCUUUAAGCCACCAGACGAAUAUCAUAGCCAUAGUUUGAAUAGGUAUGCAAUUGCCUAUAGGGAAAACACAACAUGCAUGUCCUUGUUUUGAUUUGAGGUCUCAUUAAAUCUUAAAUUGUCUACACUUGCCAGCAUUUUACUGAAAAUGUUUGUAAUGAUUAGAUUAAAAGUAACCCAAAAUAUCUUCCUUAGGGCCAAACAUAUUGUUGAUUUUGUGAGCUGUUUCUUGCUUAAUAAUUACAGUUAGAAGCAAACAGUUGGUCUUCGAAGGACAAUUAUGAUUAUCUCUGUGAAUAAUUAAUGCCUACUUUGAAUGCUUCAUUAAAAUACUACCACAAUGCAUGAAGGCAUUUUGAGCAGUGGCAUAUCAGUCGAGGCAAUGGCUCGGUGAAAGUAGGUUCACUGCACAUUAUAUUAACCCAUGUGUAUGGCCUAUCUCCUUCUGAGAUAAUCUUUAUUUUCACUGUUUGAUAUGAUUCAACCCCAGUCUUAUUUCUUGCUUUGUGCAAUAUAAACUAAGGCAGUAUUUUCAGACCUGCGAGUGGCCUAUCGAGACCUUCGAGUAGUGAAACGCAACAUAAUAACUUGAUGUCUUCUUUUAUAGCUUUCUAUUUUGCUAGGAAAGACACCUUUGUGCCAUCAUCUAUGGCUCCAUACCUGCCAUAAACACAGCUUCUUCCAAUUUCUUUAAAACCGUCCCAUUUAAACUUAAGGCAAACUGUCCUUUAAGCGAGACUUUUGAACAUGCAAUUUGAAUCAAGAUCCAAGCUAUGAUCAUAACUUCUCCACCAUACUCACGCUUUCCUUUCAUUCUUUCUCUAUCACUGUGAUAAAAUUGAUCUACCAAAUAUAUUGCUGUGCCUCAUGUUGAAUUGGAUGCUUUCAAGCGUAAGGAACCAGAAAACCUAGUGCUAACCGCCAAGAUGGAAGAAAGAAGCAGUAUAGGGUGGGAGAGGACAAUAUUCCUAAGCAGCCUGGGCAGUUGGAUGUCAGUGCAGGUACCAGCAUAAAGGAGGAAGCACAUGACAGAGCGGACGUUGCUAAUACAAUCCUUGACCAAAGUCCUUGGAACAGCCCGCGGUCAAUGUAAGGUUUUGAUGAAAUAAAAGUUUGCGGCCGUAAGAUGCAGAAAUAUCCCCAUCCCCCCGAAAACAAUGUUGGUUGAAAAGCCCAUUGCGUACCCUAUCUCAUAGAGUUACAUUGGAUGAAUUUCAAGCUCUAAAGCUGUUAAAAAUUGUUUCAACAUUGUUUCAAGAGAAAUAGGGAAUGCUGCUGAACCUAUGCGAAAUUUUAGCUUAGUGUACCAAGACUUUUGGCGAGCAUUGUAGCUGCUAAAGAUAGACAGUGCUAAACGACCAUGACCGCCAUCGCCAUGGAAUGACACGGCUCCCAAGCAAACAGAAUAGAACAGUCCUACGGCACCAUUUCCUAGUUUUAUUUCACUAGCUACCUUAACAGCCAUAAGCUACCAUCUUAACCAAACGUAGUCAUCGAAUCAGCUUCUGGAAUCAAACUUUCAAGCUUUCUUUUAUUUAAAUUCAGAUUUCAAGGGCGUGAUCAAGAUAUUAAUCAGAAAACUGAGAUUUAAAGGACAAUAUAAAAACUAGAGCUUUUGUCUGUAAGAAAUGAUUGGCAAAACUGUGUGCAAGUCAAUGAAAUCAGAAGGCCUUUUCAUAGCAUAGAGUUUAAUAAUAUUUACAGAAAUCAUGAAGGGCUUAUUUAGAGUCUAAAUUGGCAGGUGCACGAGGUUCACUUGUAAUAAUUACUCUGGCUUGGAGCGUUUUGUCUUUCGUUUAUUUUGGUCUGCCGAUUACUAACUUUCACGUACCAAUUUUGUAAAUAUUGAAGUUUGGUGUUUGAAGUUGGAAAUAUUCGCGCACUACUGGAGCCCCGCUUUUCCUCAUCAUCUUCAUCAUUGUCGCCUUUUUUCAUUAUUGAAGUCAUCAUCAUCAUAAUCACGAAUCAUAGAUGUUAAUCAUCAAUAAUCGCCAUAUUCAGUCACUUGAAUGGCUUGAGCCAUAACAUAAGGGGAAGACCUACAUUAGAGAAUUUCCAAGAAGGGUUGAUGAAAUCCCCCGAAGCAACGGUGUUUUUUUACAUGAACUCGCUUAAUUUAUUUCUUUUAUUAAUCUUGUUGUAUAACAUUAUAGUAUUUCUCUAACUGAGGGACUUACAUGCCAAAAGAAUUUGAAAAUGAAAUGAAGUGUAUUGUCGAUCAUACGAGGGAGAGAAUGAGUUGCAAAUUUUGAUGAGUGAGUUGCAGGAAGGUCACAAAGGCUUAGACUACCAUAAGCAUAACAUAGAAAGUUAUGAAAAUGUUACCGAAUUUUGCAGUUGUGAUAAUUACUAUAGUAAUGAAAAUACAGAUUAUUUCUCAGUUAAUCAAUUAACUGCAACGGUAUAUAAGGCCCCGUUCACACGGGAACGCAAUCGUUCCGUUUCAAUUUUGUUCCAAUUUCUGGAACGGAAAAGUAUGCUGUUCAAACGGCAACGGAACGAUUGCGUUUCGGUUUUUGUUUAUGUUGAGACGGGAACGCAAUCGUUCCGUUCUGCAGUUUGUGCACCAAAAUAAGAAGAUGAUUUUUAAUGCGCAUAUCUAUAAUGGAGAUAGAUUUUAUCACUUCGACUCAUCUCUGAGCUGAUUUCGUGGGUUUUUAAACAAUUUGAAUAAAAAAUCACCUAAUGGAGGAAGUAGAGAAAUGGAGAAAUAAAAAAUCACCAACAGCGCCCCAGAUAUAGCACGCUCGUGGGAAAGUGGACUUUCCCACACCAGAAGCAUUUGCUACUUUUCUGAAGCGGCCUUCUUCAGCUAAAUAGUAGAGUGUUAUUGCCAGUUGUGUCUCCACAGAACAAGGGAUCUCUCAUUACUGUAGUUGUCUUUUCAAGGAAAGGUCUACGCUCCUCAGUUAAUGUCAUAAAAGUGUUUAAAAGUUGUUCCACCAAAUCUUACUUCGGCCAGAUCUUUCCCAUAUGCUUCGCCGACCUCUCCUGUCUUUUGUAGCAAGAAGAAAUGUUAAUGUUUGACCAGUUAAUUCACCAAGUUUUGUUUUUAUUUUUAUCAUGUUUAGAAUUAGAUUCCUUCUCCGUCUAUAUGCAAGCUUUGUAAAAGAAAUAAUCGCCAUGUUGAGCUUCAGUAAUGCCGUGAGUGAAGCAAGUGAAACUCCAAGGAACCCAAUGGUGUUUUUGAAUUCCUCCAUUUUCUUCGCUGUGUUUAUUAUUGUCACCUCUUGCUUCCCACAACAACAACACAGACGCUUGCGCCAAAGGCAAAACUCUUAUCGUUCCAUUUUUUGGACCAGUUCUGCGCGUUCAUACGGGAACGGAACGGAACGAUUGCGUACCGUUCCACUUUUCGUAUCACUUAUUUUAUCGUUUCACUUUUUGGAACGGAACGGUGUCAUUUGAAGCGUUCCCGUGUGAACACAACCCCUGAGCGUUACGCUUUUCGGAACGGAGAAGAACGGAACGGAACGAUUGCGUUCCCGUGUGAACGGGGCUUAAGACUGUGAUCUUCAACACCAUUAUUUUUUAACAGUAAAGGUUUAUAGCCCGAAAUUGCCCUUCAUCUAUCGAACAUAAACAUGUAAUUUGUACAUUUAAAUGAUAGAACAAAGCAAAACAUUAAUAACGUAAAUAAAACAAACAUGAUAGUAUUAUGAUUAACAAAGGUUCUUAUCAAUUACUAUCAUCAUUCCAAAAGUUAAUAGAAAAUAUAUUUCUGAUAUGAUGGAGGAUUAUCAUCGCUUAAGUAGUCUUCCCUUUCCGUAAUUCAAGAAUGAUUUUUUUGCUAGGAUUAAUUCAAUUUCUUUUUGACUUCGAAAUAAAUUAGUCUGUCAAGUCAGAUUUGAAUUAACCUUCCCCACCAUCUACUCUUAUAUUCACAGCUGUCACAGUGAAUAAUAGGGUUAAUCUUUUUGUUAAUGUUUAGCUUUGUGGUAAAAAUAAAUGUAUGAUAAACUGCAUUUUGCCACAACGGUUCAAGAUAGUACCCCUUAGAUUCAACUGCUAUAAAAUUGACUGUAACGAUAGGAAGUUUGCAGUGAUUAACAGCAGUAAUUGUAUCAAAACCUAAGCAAUACAUGAAUGUUAUUGUGAUGCAUUUAGUGUAAAUUCAUGCCUCUGUCAUAACCUACGAAAAAAUGAAACUUUGACGCUACGGUCUAUGAAAAUAAGGCCAAUAUCUGGCAUGGUUAUAAGACCCAAAUAAUCCUAAAAUUGAUUUCCUUCGUUGUAUAGCAAAGAAAAUCAAAGCGUUGCGUUGUAUAGCAAGUCAAUUUAGGCAUCUUUUUUGCUUGUGCAAGAGCUACAUUGGCAAAUGGAUACGCCAUUUUGUUAUUGUAUGCGUAAAACAGUGGUGACCAUCGUAAGAUUGUGAAUACCGAUAUGAUUAUGAUGAUGACUCGCUUGUUCGCUUAACCCUUAAAGAGCUCAAAAACGUCUUUUGGUAUACUAUCGGGUCGCUUCAGUCAAUGUCUUGAUUGAGUGUUGCUCCAAGAGCUCGUCAAUUUUUAAUGGAACAUCAAAUCGCCUGUUGCUGUUCAGUUGUAUGCAUUGUACGGCCGACAGCCUACUACGAGCAGGUGAAUUCUUGCGGGGCUAAUUUACUGACCACGCAAUUCUGUUAAAAAAUAUUGUCAAUGAAUGAUUUCGUUCUACUUAAAAACAUCUUAUAGAUUUUAUGAAGAAGAAUGCUUUGUGUAAAAAUUUCAGGUUGAUAAUCGGAAAUACUCGAAUUGGGGUGGAAACGGUUCAAGAUUAAACCGCAAAAAGUUCCCUACAAAAAUGCAUGCCCAGAAGAUCGUUUAAAAACCCUUUUCCUAAAGUUGAUGGUACUUUGAGGUUCUUUAAGGCAUGAUACUGUAUCCAGAGUAUGUUCAUUUACUGCUGGAGGAUGUGCUUUAUAGAUUUACACGAUCCUCUUUGGACAGAAACGAACAAUAUCCUAACACUGGUCUUGGCCUCACAUCAUUUUUAUUAUUCCCAUCAACCACUUCACUUUAUUAUCAAUAAACAGGAAGAGAUGGGGAAAGAAAUUUUGUUUUUGUUUCUUUACCAAAUCAUCCGGAGAUUGCGUUCUCAGAUACUCAGAGCAGUUUGUACCAAGUAGCCAGAUUGUUUCACUACUCUGCCGAUAAAACCCGGUUCUACCCAGUACGAAACCGGCAACCGGAAACCCCCUUUUUAGAUUUCUACCACCAGGUUUCUGCCGCUGUUGAGGCAGCAUUUGAACCUCUGUAUUCUGAAACGCGAGUUAUCAUUUUACGCUAUGAGUUCAUAUGGUAAACUAAUAAAGAAAAUGCAUUUUAUCUGAGUCGUUACGCUUGUUCAUAAUGUUUUCCUGCCAAGUAUUCGAAAAUUAAGAAGGAGAUACUCAGUAUCAAGGAUGUUUUAGGAGGUUGUAUUUUCGGAGUCCGGAUAUUAUAACGGUAAUACGUCGGUUAAUAUCCAGAACACCCUAGACCAUCAAUUUCCUAUUUGAAACUGGGAAAUUUGCCUCAAAACGGAAAUUUAUGCAGAUAAAAACGGAGUAUUUUCCAGACUUUUUUAACCGUUAACGCAGGACUAGCUGCAGUCAAAAAGCUUCAAUAACUAAACGAUGAAAGAUUGGAUUUUCUAAUGGAUCUUUCAAAUAUGCGACGCUUUGGUUGUUCUACAAUUUAUGAGUCCUUGUGAGCAUAAGAGGUUGAAUGUUAGUGGCCUUAAAGUGUGAACUAUAUCAAUGAAUCAUAACUUUGAUAACUACAGCAUUAUUGACAUUUUCACCAGCAGACGAAAGCAUCAAGAUCUAAUAAAUUUUUAAUAUAUCUAACAUUUAAUGUUUCAUGAAUUUUAUGGUAAAUCUUCAGUUGGCUUAUAAAUACAUAAGUUGGUCGGUAAAAUAUCUGAUGUCACUUUGAAGUAACGUGACAUGUCCAAAUUAAAUGUCAUAUUCUUUAUCGAUGUCAUUGUCUGUAAAUUUUAAUUUUCAUGACCCUGACACCCCUAUUGCACUAAAGGAUACGCAAUAGGUCCCCUGAUAUCCGAGUUCCCGCCAAUCAAUUCCCUAACCCUGAUGUUACCGAUUCCCGAAUCCCGCUCACAGAAAUUUGCCACUCCCCGAUUUCUGUCUCCGAAAAGUGACGAUUCCUGCUUCUCCGGAAGCAUAUUAGGUACCCUCCUACUACGCCUUUUGAUCGAGGAGUGGGUCGUCUUUCUAACAUUAUACCUGUUCCAUCUGUUUGAAUCCUUGACUUCAUAGUCCGGAUUUUAGCCCUUACAAUUCCCGACGGACGUUGUUUAUAUAGGGCAGUUGACGAUAAAACUCAGAGGAAUUUUGCCUGAUGCCAUUUGCUCAUUCAGGUGCCCUCGGCUACGAAGAUCAAAUUGAAUUUCUAGAUAUUCUUGGUACGAUGUUGCUACGGAUUUUAACCAACUAGUUGCUGGUGUAGACAAAGUCAUCGGUUUCGUUCACCCAACUUUUUGUGGCUUGUUGAGUGCAGAAACUGUUUUCAAUGACGCAUAGUUUUGUAGAGAAAGCCUUGGAAAGAAUCAAGGACAGGCAAUAAGGUUUUAUCGUCAUUCGCCGAAUUCCCCUUGCGAGCUGCAGUUUCUUCAAAGCGAAAGUGGAGAGCCAGCAAGGAUAUAAACAAACUCAAAAAUACUAAUUCGCACUGUGUUCAUCAAACGACUACUGUUUCGCUGGAUUGCUUUGAACAAAGGAGUGUCACUUAUGACAAGGUCGUCUUGUCUUGUUGUAGAUAGUGUUUUGCCCGAAUCGUGUCGUCUGCACAAGCCAACUUUCCUGGACAGUCUCAAAAUAAUACCAUUCUAUGAAGGCAUUUGCUUUGUAGAAGCAGCAUUGGCCAGUGAUUGCCCCAUCAAUAAAAUCACUGUUCGGCAAUCAAAUAUCAAAUGCUCCCAUUUGAAAUGCUUGCACCAUACUCAUGAGCAAGGAAUCAAUCGACCAUCAUGCUUUGAUAUCAAAUGGUUAUUUGAAUACAGCUCCAAGCAUACAGCCCGUCUCAUCACGUUCUGAUAUUAAGACAAACAACACUUUUAAGUCGCCAGGUUGGUCAGUAUCCACAUCAAAUACAGCCACGCACAUUUACGCUUCUUCGAUUGCUCCAACUUCCUGUUCAAUCGCAGGCACAUUAGCUCCAUGUCUCUCCGGGAGUAACUCAGGCAAUACACAAAAAACGUCUUCAAAUGCCCUAUCAACAUCCAAUCUAGGCAUUUCGCAAGCGGUGCAACACCCCGCCAACGGCCAUAUCACCCAAAUGAUUACCUCUGGCGAUGUGUUCAAAAUGGCGCCUGCUCCCUUGUUUAUGACACAUUCGAGCUCAGUUUAUCCGCAGGUGGCUCUUAUACCAGAAACCGAUCUUCUUCGCUCCAUGAUUGUCCAAGAUGUCAAACAGGUUACUCAAAAGUUGUUGGAUAAGAAUACAAAAAAGCGACGGGGUCGCAGAAGUCGCAAGGAAGAGAUCAUUCCUGGGGAUUUCGGUACGUUGAAGAUCAAUUUUACAAAGUUUGUCGACAAAGAACGCCCUCCAUUUUCACUUGAAGAGCCCCCCGCACCAAAGCGCACUGUUUACCAGCGUAUUGCACCAUACCCGGUUGCAGUUACGGAACCAAGCGCUGCCCACAUUCUGGAAAAGCCGACUCGGAAAACAAAAGGUGCAUCUGGUCGCUCUUUAAAACGCUUAGAUAAAUCAGAAGCUGAUUCAGUGAGAAUUUCGCGUCUUGAUGGAGCGAAGGAAACACAAUCCCGGCGACUUCAGAGGCUGCGAAGGAGCUCAUCGUCCGGUUCCAGAUCAAAUAAAAAUCAAGGAUCAGGAACCGGAACGCCGUGCAACUCAUCAUCUACGGAAUCUCGCGGCAGUACGGAUGAAACAUCAUUGGGUUUGAGCGCAGACGUCAUAUUAUCCACAGAAGAAAACCUAGCAAACAGCCAAUCGAUUGAUGCAAGCACAAUCAGUGAAGUAAAGGAUGUGCUUGAGAAUCUCAACAUGAACGUGUUUGACCCAGCCACGGAUACUCUUUGUCUCGAGACUGGAGCAGUAUCGGCAAAGCUAAUCGAUAACAAAUUUACUGCUGAGGAGAUAGAAACAAACGCUUCAAUCUGCAAAGACUCGCUUUUCGAUGAAAAUUCAAAUCACCUCAGGUUUUCAUCGAGUCAGAGCAUUAAUGGGGAUAGCACAGUAUACUCAGGGCUGCUUGAUAGCUCACCGACAACAUACGGCCUAAGUACCAACAUAGGCUCACCUGAUGUCAUAGGGAACGAGUUGAAAUCCUUAUUGUCGGAGCUUUACAGCGAUUUUCCGCCACUUUCUCCUGCAAACAUUGACGAAAAUAUGGAUGUUGGGGCCCUAGGUGAAACAUUAGGUCUGAACGCGACAUCAGAAUCAAGUUCUUCGAGAGCCCUGUCCAGCGCCAUGACAACUGCGGUCCUGGCUGAUCGUAGACCUCAAACAGCAAUCCUUGAAAGCUUUAUACAGGGUGCGCAGCCAUCCCCGCAAAGCUCUGCAAGAUACGCUCCAGGAAAAGCGGCUACUAUUUCGUCCUCAGGUAAUGCGACAAAACAACCUCAUACCACGAACACCAAUGCCAUUUGCCAAACGGUUGUCCAAUGCACCACAGAGGUACUCAGUGAUUCAAACUGGAACAAUACUUGCAGGGGAAGAGUGGUAGAGCCUGCUGCUUCUUCUUCUGUUCUUGACAGCGAUUUUGUUAUGACGACAAGAAUCGAGGGAACAGAGGGAAAUUCUCGAAAUCUAACAAACUCAGAAGAAACAGUUUUUUCCAUGGAAGUUGAUGUUAAUCAGUUGCAUGAUGGAGAUGGCUCAAAAAGCAUUCUAGAUAUUGUUGAUAUAUCACCAGAAUACGCAUCUGCCGAGGGGGGUGGCAAAAUUAUCCUUAUUGGCUCUUGGAACAAUAAAAAUGCAAGGUAUUCUUGUAGAUUUGGUAAUGUUUGCACUCCAGGUGAUUUGAUUCAGAACGGUGUUUUGCGAUGUUUUUGUCCACCUCAUAGUCCCGGGAAGGUUAAAGUGUCUGUCCUUUGCAAUGACGCAGUUAUAACGAAGUCAGUGGAUUUUGAGUAUGUUGAUACGGAGGAGCAAUUGGAUGAAUUCCAGGAGGAACGACAUGAUUGGCUGAAAAUCUCAGAUGAAGACUUGAAGUUGCUUUUGGUUGAGCGAAUAGAGGCUAUCAGUGAUAUAUUUGAUGCGGGGAAUAGUGUGCAACGGUUUCCGGGUCACUUGUGCAAUACGGUUGAUCUGGAGGAUGCGUUAGUACGGGUUUGUGAAUCGAUCUCGAAACUUCAAGAUCAUUUACCGAUUAAUAUUGAUUACAAGAGCGACAGUGUGAUGACUGUACUGCAUUUAUCGGCUGCACUCGGCUACACAAAACUUAUCCAAACACUUUGUAAUUGGAUCGAAACGAACAGCAAUAAGAUUAUGCUGCAAGAAGCAGAUCCGUUGAAAUACGACCAGUUCCAAUUGACACCGCUCAUGUGGGCCUGUGCCAAGGGCAAAUUCGACACCGUUUGUGUACUGCUUCAGUGGGAGGAGUCGGCUGUGCAUCAAACGGAUAUGUGUGGCUGCUCUCCUUUGUCAAUCUCAAGAGACCAGGGCCACUCGAUUCUGGUCAGGUAUCUAGAGAAGUCACAGUCAAAAGGAAACAUUAGCAAAACCUCUUCGCUUGCAUCCGAAAGCGGAAGCCCAAACAUGCGGUCCGGACGAUUAUCUCGGUCGUCGAGCAUGGGCAGUCAUGCUGAAAGCAGUAGGGAAUUCCAACCCGGAACUGACGACACCACAUAUUUUGAUUCUUCGAGAAGAAGCCCGGGAUCCAAUAAAAUAAGUCAGGACGGAUCGCCUGACUCCAUAAACGGAUCGCUGCAGCUAUCCAGGACAUUGGGACAAACCCUGGUCCACGUGCAAGCAAUAAUCCAAGAUGGGGUCGAUGCCCACCAUGAUCCUACAAGGGCAUCCCCAUUGACUAGCCUUGACCUUGAUGACGACAGCUUAUUCACCCCAUCACCAUUCACCCCAAGUAUCAGAAGACUUAAUAGCUCUGCCGAUGAUCGCCAUGGCAAUCACACACCAAAAGCUUUGGUUUCCUUGUCACCAGCCUCGCCUGGACAAAGUUCUGGCUGCCAGUCUCCCUUUGAUGCAACGUUGCGCGAUACUGCAGAAUUCUGUGAAUUCUUUUAUAACUCAGAGAGAAUCCUUGAAAAAGACUUCGCAGAGUUGACACUGACAGAUGAGGAGCAACAGAAUCUUUAUAAAGCUGCCUCUGUGAUUCAGAAUGCCUACAAGAGAUACCGGGAGCGACGAAAGCAGCGUGAUGCCGAACUCUCUGCAGCUGUUCUCAUCCAAAGCUACUACAGAAGAUAUAAACAGUACGCCAUGUUUAAAAAGAUGCAGAGAGGGGCUGUCGUGAUACAGCACAAAUACAGGGCACACAGAGAGAAGGAAAAGCAGAAGAGUCAGGCUGCAUCUGUUAUUCAAAGCUACUAUCGACGUUACAAAGAGAGGAAAAAUGUACCCGAUGUUGGUGCAAUCUCUGAAAGAAUGGCUCCUUCUAUUUUGGAUCAAGCCGGCUCUUCUUUGCAAAUGAACCGGCCAAGUACGUUACCGGAUUGGAGGAAAAAAAGAGUCGGGCAAACUCAACCGAAAUAAGCAACUCUGGAGAAAAUAUGACCCCAAAUACCGAGAAAAGACGAAAAGUUUCCAAAGCAUGCACAUACAUACGCUGUUAUGCAAAGAUGACGCGAAAACAUGAGGUAUGUAUAAAGUAUUUAAAAGCAGUUUCAGAAUUUGUUUACAGAACGUCCGGAUGAAAUUUUAUUCGUAUUUUAUCCUGGGUAUCGUGCGGUAUCUUUGUGCGAGGAAACAGCAAUCCUGAAUCACUUAUGUGAAAAUUCGGUUCACAGUCAAACCCACCCACAGCUCUCGUCUUGGGUGACUCAUCACCAGGGCCUCACUUUUGACCUUUGACCCAAGCCUUUCAAUGCUAAAUCUAUUACUUUUGGCCCAAGAACUUUGGCCUUAGACCCUUCACCUGAUAUUACAGAAUAACAUGAUUUUCUUGGAUUUUCUUGGAUUUCUCAUCUUGUUAGUGGCUCAGGAUUCAUCAGUAACACCCCUGACCUUAAACCCCCAUCUCUAAGCUUGAGCAAAGACGUUUAACCCGAGAUUCAUCCUCACCUUUGACAUUUGACCCGAGAUUCAAAUUGUCAUGCCUCUAAUCUUAUACCCGAACAUAAUGUCAUUUUGUUGUAUGUUGCAUAGUGAUCAUCUGAGUUUUAACAUAGAUUUAAAGAUAUAAUU